AUGCGCCGCCGCUCCCGCACGCCGUCGCCACCGCCAGAAGAGCAGCCGACCAUCCUCAUCCCCGUCCCCGCACCGCCGCCGCCGACCGACUUGACGCCGUCGGCCCUCCUCGUGCCCCUGGGCGCCAUCAGCUCGUCGCAUAUCGGCCGCAAACUCCGCCUGAGGGUCCAGAUCCUCGCUAUCGACCCGGCGGGGAAGCACGCGCUCGUGUCGUCUCUCGCGCAGGGCACGAGGCCAACGCUCAUGGUGUCGCUGUCGACUGCGUUGCUCGGCCACUCGCCUGCGUCGACGGUCGUUCGACCACCGGAACGCUGGGCGAGCGCGGGAGAGGUCCGGCCUGACCCCGGGGUUGCGCGCGAGAAGCUAUACCUCGGUUUUGGGGAGUGGAUCAACGUCGUUGGGUGGCUUGAGGCCGCUGAGACUUUGCCCAAGGUUGCAAUACCCACCGGCUGCGCCCACCCACCACUCGUUCUCCUCGAGGCCAUUCACGUCUCCCCCGCACGCGCACCAACACAAGACGGCCUCUUCCGCGGCCAGCUCAACUGA